AUGAAUAAUUCAGCCGGCUCACUUUACUUUCUGCUUUUACCCAUCAUCGACAGAGCGUCAACAGUAGUUUUUCCUUCUGAUACUACUAAUGAAUUAAUAAAGACAAACUCGUCAUCGAUCAUGUCUACGGUAUCAAGAACUUCGACACGGUCAACAGCGACAGCAAACUUAUCAUACAAUGCAGUUGUUCCUCUAUCAGGACAAACGUGGGAUUGCGUCAACGCUAGCAGAUCCACGACUAAUAAGGGUACUACGAAUGGAUUUUAUAUUAAAAAAAAUGUAACUCUUAACGUUCCAAAUGGCAAAAAUGUCACAGCUUAUCUUGAGUCAAAUGCUACAUUGAUCAUUAGCAAUGCGGAGGAUGUCUUCGUCUAUGUUCAAACCGAUGGGUAUGUUGAAAUUUCCAAUGGCAAAGAUAUCACAGCUUAUUUGGAGUCGAACGCAUGUUUAACAAUUUACAAUGGUCAAAAUAUCCAAGCGUACUUGAAAUCAAACGCGACGAUCAGUGUUAUUAAUUGUGAUGAUAUAAAUAUUUAUUAUGAGAAUAACACUAAUCGAACGAUUACAAGUUCGAGUACACGAUCCGAAACUUUUUAUUCUUCACUAGUAUUUAUUUAUUCAAACAUAUCCAUGAGUGCAUGUUGA